UUCGCGACCGCGUCUUGAAAUUUACCGCGUCGUUAGAUCUCAUGCGAAACGGCCCUUUAUCAGAACAUUUCCCCAACGUGAAGUAAUCCGAGCCGUCAGUCAUCGUCUUAUAUACAGUCUGGGCCCUCUGAAGCUGCGGACUCACGACAACUCUCCGCGCUACGUAUUCCGCUCAACACUUCCCACGCGCAACGUCUUGACGGGCAGAAAUUGCAACCUGUACUCGUCCAGAUAGCGAGAGAGUAUACGAAGGGGAUUUAAGAGGGCGCAGCAGGAGGCGAUCCCGACACACUACCGCUUAGCGAGUCGGAGGGUUCGAGCACCGCUAAGCACGCUUCGUUUCCACGAAGCUCGUUGGGGAGGACUCGAUCUCUGGUUUGGUUGACAUCUACCGACGCCCAAAACAAAGCAUGCCUGCUCGCAAGAGCACCUCCUCAACAGGACCGACGGACGCUAAUGGCGAUGUCUCGAUGGUUUCGAACGCAACCACAUCCUCCACGCAUGCACAUCCCAAACCAUCAAGGCAAUCAGGGGGAGGAAAGCAAGGUGACGGUGUGAGCAUCGACGACCUCCUCCUCCCACGCACACUGACCUCGCGGCUUGCACGUGGCGUCCUGCCGGCCAACACACAAAUCCAGAAAGACGCAGUACUAGCGAUCGCCAAAUCGGCGACGGUCUUUAUAUCCUACCUUGCACACCAUGCCAACGAACAGACAUCCAAAAAGACGAUCGGGCCGCAGGACGUGCUAAACGCCCUCAAAGAGAUCGAAAUGGAUGGCGUGAUGCAAUUAGGCGCCGUGGGCAGCGACGGACGACUGGGCGGACGUCUGGAGCGCGAGUUGGAGGCCUACGAGGAGAUCAUCAAGGGAAAGAGGAAGGGGUAUCGAGAUAAAGUCAAGGCCAGGGAGAGUCACGGAGAUGCGGACGCCGAGGACGAAAGAGGCGAGCCGAGCAGUAAAAAGGCCAGAAGAAUGAGUGGAGAUGAGGACGUGGAUGAUGAAGAUGAGAGGAUGCUGGAACAGCAGCUCAAUGGGGCGCAGGGGUCGAGUCCAAAUACUACGGGAAAGAGCAAUGGCACAUCCAGUAGGCCUAACGGGGAGGCCGACGUCGAAGAAGUGGAUGAAGCGGGCGAUGAGGAGCACGAUGAUGAGGAUGACGAAGAAGAUGAGGAUGAUGCUGGUGAGGACGAGGAAGAUCAAGAUGACGAGGCUGACGUUGACGAGACCGAGGCUGAUGAUGCGGAAGAGCUGGAAGAGAGGGUGAACACAGAUGAGCGAGGCAGAAUAGCGCUCAUGCCAGACGGAAACGUCGAGAUGGGUAGCGAAGACGAGAGCGAAUGAUGCUGAUGCGUCGCGAUGAACUCUUUGCAUUGAAUAUAAGGUAGUCAGUCACUGUGCGGAUGAUGCCACUUCUGAUGU